UUUUUUUUUUUUUAAAGACAGAGUCUUGCUCUGUCACCCAGUCUGGAGUGCAAUAGCACAAUCUUAGCUCACUGCAACCUCCGCCUCCCGGGUUCAAGUGAUUCUCCUGCCUCAGCCUCCUGAGUAGCUGGGAUUACAGGUGUGUGCCACCACACCUGGCUAAUUUUUGUAUUUUUAGUAGAGAUGUGGUUUCGCCAUAUUGGCAAGGCUGGUCUUGAAGUCCUGGCCUCAAGUUAUCUGCCCGCCUCCGCCUCCCGAAGUGCUGGGAUUACAAGCGUGAGCCACCAUGCCCGGCAAGAAAAAACAUUUGCUAAAAUUCAAUAUCCAUUCAUGAUAAAAACUGUUGGCAAACUAUGAUCAAAAGUGGAGUUCCUUAAUCUGCUAAAAGGUUUAUUAAAAAAGCAAAACAUCACAACCCUACUUCAAACAAUGGCAAAAUGUGGAGAGAUUUCCCUUGGAAAUCAGGAACAUUAUAAGGUUGCUAUCAUCUAAACUUCUAUUCAACAUUGCACUGGAGGUCCUAGCCAGCUGGGUAAGGCAAGAAAAAGCACAAGAUAUAACAAUUGAAAUGGAAGAAAUCAACUGUCAUUAUUCACAAAUGAUAUAAUUCUAUGUAAAAGAUCUAGAAGAAUAUAUAAUAGUUAAAGAUAGUGUGAUACUGAUACAAAGUUGAUAGAUAAACCAAUGGAACAGAAUAGAGAGCCCAGCAACAGAUCGGUGCUUUUACGGACACUCGAUCUAUGACAGAGGUGGCAAUGUCAAACAAGAUCUUUUCAACAAGUAGUGCUGAGACAACCCCCCAUACCAAUGUGGGGGGAAAAAAAAACUUGACCUCUAUUCCAUAAACACCAAAAUCAAUUCCAGGUGAACUAUAGAUAAAAUAUGAAAGGCAAAUCGAUAUAGAUAUGAAAGUCAAAAAAGCCUUAUAAAAAUAAAGCUUCUAGAAGAUAAUACAGGAGAAUUACCUUCACUACCUCAAAGCAGAAAAAGAUAUCUUAAACAGAACACAAAAAAUAUAAAAUAAAAGAAAAGGCUGGUAAAUUUGGUCACAAUGAAAGUUAGAUCUAUUACUCUUCAAACAUCACUAUUAGGCAAAUAAAAAGGCAAAUCACAUAAUGAAAUUAGAAAUUUGAAAUACAUCUAUCUAAAAAAGGCUCAUAUCUGAAAUAUAUAAAUAAUUCUUACAAAUCAAUAAGAUGAUGACAGGUAACCAACUGAAAGAUGAAUAAAAGCCUUGAAAAGGAGUUUCACAAAUAAUGACAUCCAAAUAGUCAACAAACACAUAAAAAGGUGCUUGAUCUCAUUAGUAAUCAGGGAACUGCAAAUUAAAACCACAAUAAGAUAAUAGUACACAUCUAUCAGAGUGACUGAAACUAACUAGAUUGACAAUAACACAUAUUAGAGCAAUGGGAAUUUUCAUAUACUGCUAGGGCAGCAAAUUUUGUAAAAUCUCUUUGGAAAAUGGAUUGGUGUUUCAUUAUCUAUUACAGUUAAGCACAGUUAAACAUAUGUACACUUUCUGACCUAGGAAUUCCACUCUUUGAUGGAUACUCAACAGAAAUUCACAUGCCUGUCCACCUAGAGACAUCUACAACAAUGUGCAUAGCAACCCCUAUCCAUAGUAGUAUGAAACUGGAAACACUUCGAAUGUCCAUUAAUUGUCGAAAAGAUAAACUCUGAUAUAUGGAUUCAAUAGAAUACUAUACAGCAAAGAAAAUAAAUGCACAACUACAACAAUAUUAUUAAAACUCAUAAAGAUAAUGUUGAAUGAAAGAAACCAGACACAAAAGAACAUAUCAUAAUCUUCUGUUUAUAUAAAUGCAAAAAACAGGAGCAGGUAAAAGAUACAUGCUUAGUUGAUAAAACCAUAAAAAACAAACAAGGAAGUGCUUAUCAUACAUCCAGGACAAUGGUUACCUUUGGUGGGCAGGGAGAGUGCAUAAAGUGACUGGGAGAGAGCAUAAGGGUGACUUCUGGAUUCUCUAAUGUUCUAUUUCCUGACCUAGAUGGUAGAUUAAGGGUGCUUGACUUGUGAUAAUUUAUGCUUUCGUUCACUUUUCUCUGUGUUAUAUUUCAAAAAAAGGGUAUAAAAAUACAAGAAUUCCUAUAUUUAGGGAUCACUCAGAAGCUCUGAAGACAAGAAAUGAAAAUUAGAGCAAUAAUGAAAUUUGGUGCAUGAUUCCAGGAGUUAAUCUAUCCUACUUAGACUUUUUUUUGUGCCUCAAGUUAGAAGAUGUCAUGAAUGCAAAUAAAUCCACUCCACUUAAAAUUACAGGUCAUACAUUCACUGCUUGUUUCUGUGCAUGUGGUCUGUUCUCAAUUAGAGCCAAGUUAUCAAGAACCAAGUGUCCCAGGACUCAGAAAGAACAGGUUUGUUGAGAUGGCCCACCUAAAAGUGAUAUUCACUGAGGUUUUAAUUUUUGUGGGAAUCACAAGAAUCUCGAUGGACUUGGCUUCAUGUGAAAUAUCUGUUCCUCUGGUAGCAUGAAUUCAGGGUACCCUGCUUGGGUUCUACUUUUGUAUGGAGAGGUGGUAGGAAACUCUUCAUCAAGGUUACCUUUAUCCUUAUUCCCACUAAUAGUAUUACACAAUUUUUUUCCCACUUACGGACUGACUUCUAACUAGCCUGAUUAUACCAUGUAAAUGAGGCAUUGGCUUAAACACUUUUGCAUCUCAUAGCACCUAGUAGUGAUAGGCUUUCAACAAACGCUUUUGCCGUCUAUAUGUUUUCAUUAUUGUACACAUAUUUAAAAUAUAUAUAACCAGUAGUUUUUCUACUGGUACAUAAUUUUGGUUUACAUUAAGCUUUUCAUCACCCAGAAGAAAGCUUUUUGUUACUCUGUUAAUAUCUGCAAAAUUUAUAAAUUUUGCCUUCUGAGAGUUGGCAAGAAGCAUAUCUAUACCUUAAUUUGGACAAGGAAGCAGUUAACUACAUUUACAUUUAAAGUAUUUUAGUAGUGUCAGAUUGAGCACUCCAGGGAGUCAGGCAAAAAUUAACAGAUCUUUCCGAGCUUGACUGGAUAGUGCUUGAACAAUCGCUUAAGAUCUGGAGAUCUAGCACACAAAUCAAGUCCUCCUCAUUGUCUGCCUUUUCUCAGAACCAUUAAAUAGUUAUUUUACAUUAGCCAAACAACUCUUAGAAACUCUUAACUUUUUUACAGAGCCUGUGUUACAAAGGAGGUGGUGAAUCAGAAAGGAGGUAACUGCAUAGGCUUGGAAACCUUAUGGAAACCCUUCUUCUUACCAUUCCCAAGACUUACCUUUGACUUGCACAUUACAUAGAAAUAAACUUAUUUCUGAUGGUUAGAUCUGCAAGGUGGCUUGUAAAAAAGCCUAUCUAAUCCAUAAUGUACUGGAAAUGGUAUUAUUUUGACCACACCUAAUCAUUUAUAACAUUUUUUUUUCUGACAAAAAUACAUCUACAGCCCUAGGUCAGUAUGCAAGGGACAAAUACUUCUCGCAUAUUUUUCUUCUCCAUACCCCAGUGUGGGUUAUAACAGUAGUAUGAGAAAGGUAAGGUUGAUAUCUCCAGGCACCAAUAACUUAAACUCUACAACUGUGCUAUCAAAUAUAGUCACCAUGAUCCACAUAAGGCCAUUUAAGUUUAAAUUAAUUAAUUAAAAUUAAAAAUUCAGCUUCUCAGUUAUCCUAGCCACAUUUCAAGUGCUCAUACUCACAUAUAACUAGCAGUGACAGUACAGAUACAGAACAUUCCCAUCAUCUUGGAAAGCGCUCUUCUAUGAGGUAACUUUGUACAUUAAAUAUUAGCUAGGCAUUUUCCGUUCCUUCCUUCCUUCCUUCCUUCCUUCUUUCUUUCCCUUUUCUUUUCUUUUUUUUGACAGGGUCUCACUCUGUUGCCCAGGAUGGAGUGCAGUGGCACAGUCUCAGCUCACUGGAACCUCCAUUAGCUAGGCAUUUUCACAUGGGGGAAAAGAGGAAAACAGUUCCUAUGGGGACUGUGGCUCAGUGUCUCUCCCCAGAUUUAAAGUGACAAGUCAUUUAUAAAUUAAGUAUAAGUCUCAGAUUCUUACGUGGGAUAUGAACUCUGUCUUCAUGGAGUUUAUGGCCUAUUGGGAGAAACAGACAUGAGUAAAUGAAAAGUUAAUUAACAUAUAAAGGCAAUAUAUGAUAAAUGAUAAGCAAGAGGAUAAAUUCUCAGGGAAAGAAUAGAUUUAAGAGACACAGAGGAUAAUGUACUGUUGAUGUACUUAAUAUAAAAGGCAAAAGAGGAAAAGGCUGAAAAUAACCCUGAGGUUGAUGGAACAGGAUGACAGUGGCACCUUGGUGGACUACAGGGAAGCAUAAAAGGGAGGGGAAAAUAAGCUCAGUUUCUACCCCAUUCAAAGAAGCACAUGGAGAAUCAGGGGAUUACAUUAUUGCAAAAACAAAAAAUGACCUACUGUAUCAAAGGCUACAGGACAUCUCAAUUCAAUAACUGAUAGGUCCAGACAGCUGUUAUCAUAUUUCUCGGCAACAACUUCAUCAGUGACAUCUGAGAUUGGAUUCUAAAGAUACAGGAGGAAGUAAAACAUGAGGAAAUGGAGGUAAUGCCUAGAUGAACUGAGGGGAUAGUAUGCACGAAUAAUUCUUGGCUCAUUAAUUAUUGGAUUGAGCCACCUCCAUCUAUCUGUUUUGGAGACUGCUUUAUCAGGUCAGAGGAGAUGAGUGUGGCUUUCUUCAGAUUGUGCAAGACAAAAAGAACACCAUUAGAAUUAUGUACAUGACACUGGAAGGCAAAGUGGGUUUUAAAAUUUUAAAAUAAGAGACAACUCCUCUAAUUGACAAUGAAAUCAAGUAAAGGAAAGGAAGCUAGGAUUUUUCUUCUGUUACCAAACAUGUAGGAGCAUAUAGCCACUUUUCUGGUCAUCAGCUGAAUACUGAAAAUGUCAAUCAGGUACAACUUCUUUGUGGUGAGGGUAGGCAACAAAGUAGCAAAAGCCAGAAACUAUUGGCUUGCAGGCUUUGAUAUUUAAUUAUACAAGAUCAACUAAAGAUUCUCUUUUUUCAGUUAUAAAUACCUAGGAAAGUGCUAUAUGUGUUUCAUGUUCUUGCACCUCAUGAAUGAGGUCGUGACAGCUGUGGUGGCAAUCUCUGAAAUUCUUCCCAGAACUCAAUCCUUAAGAACCGGGAGUAUAGUUUAUAACUAAAGUGAAAAUUUAUUUUAGAAAGUUCAAUUUUAGAAUCUAUAAAAUAAAAAACAAAAACCCCAAGCCUAUAUAAGUAAUUUUAACAUACAAUGUUAAUGUCCCCAAACUCUAAUGGUGGAAUAAGGACAAUAACAUGAAGUAUAUGGUAUUUGAGAUAAAAUAUAGCUAUUUAAGAAAAGCUUCUUACUCUCCUUGAGCCUUCAUCUAUAAAAUAAGGAUAAUAAAGCUUGUGUCAUUGUGUUGCUGCAAAGAUUGAUUAAAUAGAUAUGUAUAAGAUGCCUAGGUUAUGGCCAUUUUUUAUAUUUAACAAACUCCUAAUUCUUUCUUGUUUCUACAACUGUACUAAAUUAUUUUAAUAGCUGUGAAAGUAUUUUACCAUAUUGACUAACCAUUUCUCUGUUGCUAGACAUUUGGACUGUUUUCAAUGGUUUGGCAUCUCUUUGUAUACGAAUUUCAAAGGACAUUAGGACCUCCUGUAAAGGCCAAGUAAUAUAUAUUUUGGGGCUUGUGGGACCACAUAAGGUCUCUGUUGCAUAUUCUUUUAAAAAAUUUCUUGUUUUCUUUUAACAACCCUUCUCAAAUACAAAAACCAUUAGCAUGAGGGCUGUGCAAAAACAGGCCACAGACUAGAGCUGGCCCUCCAACAGCAAUUUGCUUAGCCCUUAAUUGACAGUUUUUAACCAGUCUGGGCCUCUUUGGAAGUUCACUCUAAAGGCAUAACCUCAAUUUUAGAAGCUGGCAACACCCAAGAGAGCAAUUGUUAGUCUCUAGUCCCACGGAUGUGAUGUUCUUCAGAUUCCUCUGCCAAUAUUUUUCUUGUUAGGAAAGCAUGAUGUGAAAGUGGUAACAGGAUGGAGAAUGACAAUGGCCAGUGUAUGUGAGUUUUUGUCUAAGCUAAUUCUUAUGCAAGACACUGGCUGAAAAACAGGUGAGGAGCACUUUUCACCUGCUAUCUUCCAGAAAUGAAUUCAAUCUGUAAAUAACUGAGAUAUCUUCACAGCUCUUGGGUAAUUUUUAUCCGUAGCAAUAAGAAACUUUGUCUCUAUUAGAGUUAGGAAGGGGUUAGGAUCCAGUAAUGAAUGAAAUAAGAACUUAAGUUGCAACUCAGUUUCUGUACUUACUUGUGAUCUAGCAUUAAACACAGCGUCAGGCACGAAAUAGGUGGUGAGAAAUAAGAAAAUGAUAGAGCUAUUUGCUCUAAUGGUUAGAGGCAAAGAUGGUCAGCUUUGAGUUUACUUUGGUGACCCCACAGGGAGGACAAGCACAAGUGGUGGAACAUUAGAAUCUCUUUCAGGAAAAGGAUGCCGCUGGAUCCAUCAGGUCCAGUAGCACUGCCCACUUCUCCUGCUCCAAGGCAUCUGCCCUCGAAAGCCCCCAGGCCACACCCAAGGACACCACCCAGGGUUCUAGGACACCUCGAGGGCGGACGUGGUUUGGCUCUCGGUCCAGCUGGACCGGGCUGGGCCAACCUGGAGUCAGCUCGAACUCACCUGCUUGGCAGGUGCGCGCUUCCCGAGGCGUGACAGGGGAGCGCCGGCGCGGUGGGUGGGGGGCAGAGAAUAUGAAGCUCCAGACGCAUGGCACCCGCCGCCAAGUCGCCGCGGUGGCUGCCGGGAUGCGCCGCAGCGAAUGGUCGCGCCGGGCGCCGCUCUGAGUGACCUUUCACCCGCGCCCAGCGGUUCCGGGCGGCAGCACAAGGCGGUAGCCAUGGCGGAGGCGGCGGCUGCUGCAGCGGGUGGGACUAGCUCGGGCGCGGGCGCGAGCUACGGAUCUGCAGCGGACCGGGACCGGGACCCGGACCGCGCCGGGCGGAGGCUGCGGGUUCUCUCUGGCCAUCUGCUGGGCCGGCGCCGGGAGGCUCUGAGUACCAAUGAGUGCAAAGCGCGGAGAGCCGCGUCGGCGGCCACGGCGGCGCCCACGGCCACUCCCGCCGCGCAGGAGUCGGGCACCAUCCCAAAGAAGCGGCAAGAAGUUAUGAAAUGGAAUGGAUGGGGAUAUAAUGAUUCUAAAUUCAUCUUCAAUAAGAAGGGCCAAAUUGAAUUGACUGGGAAAAGGUACCCUCUUAGUGGCAUGGGUUUACCAACAUUUAAAGAAUGGAUCCAAAAUACCCUUGGAGUAAAUGUGGAGCAUAAAACUACCUCUAAAGCAUCCUUAAAUCCUAGUGAUACACCUCCUUCUGUUGUAAAUGAAGAUUUUCUUCAUGACCUUAAAGAAACGAAUAUUUCAUAUUCACAAGAGGCAGAUGAUCGAGUAUUUAGAGCUCAUGGUCAUUGUCUUCAUGAGAUAUUUUUGCUCAGGGAAGGAAUGUUUGAGCGAAUUCCUGAUAUAGUUUUAUGGCCAACAUGCCAUGAUGAUGUAGUUAAGAUUGUGAAUCUAGCUUGCAAAUAUAAUCUUUGUAUCAUACCAAUUGGUGGAGGAACAAGUGUUUCAUAUGGCCUGAUGUGUCCUGCAGAUGAGACAAGAACAAUUAUUUCUUUGGACACUUCACAAAUGAAUCGAAUUCUCUGGGUUGAUGAGAACAAUUUGACAGCUCAUGUAGAGGCUGGCAUAACAGGACAAGAGUUGGAAAGACAGCUUAAAGAAAGUGGUUAUUGUACAGGUCAUGAACCAGAUUCUCUGGAGUUCAGUACUGUAGGAGGAUGGGUAUCUACUCGGGCCUCAGGCAUGAAGAAGAAUAUCUAUGGCAAUAUCGAGGACCUGGUGGUUCAUAUAAAAAUGGUAACACCUAGAGGUAUAAUAGAAAAAAGCUGUCAAGGACCUCGUAUGUCAACAGGCCCUGAUAUCCAUCACUUCAUCAUGGGAUCUGAAGGAACUCUUGGUGUAAUAACAGAAGCUACAAUAAAAAUCAGACCAGUCCCUGAAUACCAAAAGUAUGGCUCAGUAGCUUUCCCUAAUUUUGAACAAGGAGUAGCCUGUUUAAGAGAAAUUGCAAAACAGAGAUGUGCUCCGGCAUCUAUUCGCCUCAUGGACAACAAGCAGUUUCAGUUUGGUCAUGCUCUUAAACCUCAGGUUUCCUCUAUUUUUACAUCAUUUUUGGACGGAUUAAAAAAGUUUUAUAUUACAAAGUUUAAAGGAUUUGACCCAAAUCAGCUAAGUGUAGCCACAUUACUGUUUGAGGGGGACCGUGAGAAGGUUCUUCAACAUGAAAAACAAGUGUAUGAUAUUGCUGCAAAAUUUGGUGGGUUGGCAGCUGGAGAAGAUAAUGGACAGAGAGGUUAUUUGCUGACCUAUGUCAUUGCAUACAUUCGAGACUUGGCUUUGGAAUACUAUGUAUUAGGAGAAUCUUUUGAGACUUCUGCUCCUUGGGACAGGGUGGUAGAUCUCUGUAGAAAUGUAAAAGAAAGAAUAACAAGGGAAUGCAAAGAGAAGGGUGUUCAAUUUGCUCCUUUUUCUACAUGCAGGGUGACUCAGACUUACGAUGCAGGUGCAUGUAUCUACUUCUAUUUUGCCUUUAACUACAGGGGAAUUAGUGACCCACUGACCGUGUUUGAACAAACUGAGGCAGCUGCUAGAGAAGAAAUCCUUGCUAAUGGAGGGAGCCUGUCACAUCACCAUGGAGUGGGCAAGUUACGGAAGCAAUGGCUAAAGGAAAGUAUCUCUGAUGUCGGCUUUGGGAUGCUGAAGUCUGUCAAGGAAUAUGUGGACCCCAAUAACAUCUUUGGAAACAGAAACCUUUUAUAAAUCCAUUAGUAUCAUUACAGAAAAAUGUCAACUUUUUUUUUUAAGUUUUCAACUGUGGUUAUACUAGUAAUCAAAUAUAUCAUGGACUAUAUUUUGGAUACAUUUGUUUGUUGGUUUAAAAUAAGUUUGUUUUCAUUCUGUAGUUUGUUUUGUUUCUACAUCUAUGGAUUGACAGAUGGUAUUCCUAAAUCUCUCUCAUUGUAGGUACGUCAUUUUACAGCCAACGGUUGUCAUUUCAAAUUUUAGUCAGGCAGCACAAAGCUGCCAAUUAUUCCAGAGGAAGCUGCUGCCAGCUGUUUUGUAUUGUUGCUUCCUCUUGGGGAACAAAGGCAGAUUUGGUAUCAUUGAUUGCUCAGCUAGCCUCUUUUUAAAAGAACGUUUCUGGGAAUCAGAUGUCUAGGGAAGGAGUCCACUGAGGAGUGAUACACAUGUACAUUGUUUAAGAGCAUAGUCUAGUGUGAGUAGGCCAAUAAGGGGAAGGAUAUUCAUUAAAGAAUUUAGGCAACCUGAUAUUUAGAAAGCCUUCACGUCUGUAAGGUGCUUGGCCUACGUUUUUUUUUUUUUUUUUUUUUUUUUUAAUUAGUAUACAUGCAUAAAACCUUGUAUCAUCAAUAUACAAAUUAUUCUGUUAGGGGACAUGUUUUUUUCUCCAUGUUUCUGUUUCUAUUGAGGUAUGAGUUGUAUUUGUAUCGCUGAGAUAACCUAUUGUUAUAUUCUAAUUCAUUGAUAAUAUGUUUUGUAAGAAAAGCUGACAUCCCUCAUUGCAAGUGAAGAACAGGUUUACCGUGAAAUGAAUGCCUUUAUUCAACUUAGAGUCCUAAUGUUUCUGAUUUCACAUUCUUGUUGCUGAAAUGCAGAAGAAACAGCUACAGCAGGAGCAGAAGGAAAACUCUUAGACUUAAUGUCUCCAAUUGCAAGAGUUGUUUCACUAAAGAAACAGUCAUCAUUCAACUACUGAAUUUGAAAGCCUCAGCAGUUUCAAUGACAAAAAUCAUUUUUGCUUUUUUAAAAUUAAUCCCAAUGGCAUGAUAAAUUUUCAUAUAAAAAGUAAAGUUUCAAUUUAGUUUUUAAUAAUGGUUUAAUGCCUUUUUUGAAUAACUGGUUUAACCUAAUUUUUUUUAAAUGUAAUGUAUUAAUGCAUAUACCAUAAUCAAAAGUUUGAAAUAUCCUGUUUCUUAAAUAAUGAGAACAUUAAUCACAUUUAGCAAGCAUUUGUACAUUCAAACCUGGAUAUUAAAGUGAAAUGAUUACUUUGAAUCACUGUCUGCCAAGGUUCAUGAUUCACAUUUUGAGAUGGAUUCUUUUCUUAAUGCAAUACCUAACUUUUGAUAAUUUUUUAAAACUAAUAUUUGAUCAGAUAAUGUAAGUCAAAAUGCAGACGAUCCUUUAAAAGGAUGCAUUGUCUGUGUAUGUAGCAACAGCUCCAAAGUAUUUUUGGGCAGUUUGAUACCUUUUAUAUCUGAAGUAGCCUUAACCAGAAAAAUGAUAACUUAAAAUUGACAAAAUGAUAUUUUUAAGACUUCAAAAUGAUAAAUAAUUUUUAACUAUUAAAAUUGGCCUCAAACUAAUAAAUCUGUAAUUAAAUUAGAAUUAAAUAUCAGUUUAACAACAAAAUGAAAUAUUUAUUUUUUAGAAGCUGCCUCUCUUCAUUGGUGAUUUACUUUUAAUUAUAAAAUUUCCAGCAGAUCUUUGCUUUAAGCCCUUGAUAUUUGACCUAGUUGGACACUUGAUGAGGAAGUUGCCUCUAGAAUUAUAAAAAUCUCAGCUUUAUAAAAUGCAUCUGUUCAUGAAGGUAAUUUCUUUAAUUGGUGAUCAAAAUAUAAAAUUAAAGAAGGUACUAAUGUCUCACUGGAAGUAUAUAUAUAUAUAUAUGUGUGUGUGUGUGUGUGUGUAUAUAUAUAUAUAUAUGUUUCUGAGUAAUUUUUUAAAAAUAAAACAGGUUAAUAAGAAGAUCCAUUCCUUUGCAUGUGAUUGUUAUAACAUUCUUUCCCAGGGAGUUCAAUUUCAACAACCUCAGAAAUCCGUACUUGAUAUUAGGAAACUAUAAAUGUAACACCUGAAAUUAUUAUGUUCACUAUUCUACAUGAACCUUAUGGAAAUUCAUGAUUUAUGUCUUUGUUUUUCUUUUUCCAAGUAUAUGCAGGACUCCCCAACCUUGAUUUUAUAAUGGUGACUGCAUUUUGUAGGUGGAAUCAUUUCUACCGAAAUCAUUUUGAAACACAAGAACAUUGAUCAGUACUGUUUCACUCUGAUUUAGUAAAUCAGAAAGCCUCCCCCCACCCCCAGCCCCCACUUUCACACACCUACUUCUGGGAGGUGCCUCAGUAUAGACUUAGUAUCUGUGAAGGACUGAGUUCAUGAAUAUGCACAGAAGCACUUAAACCAUGCCUCUUAUUUCUAUAAUAUCUGAAAAUGGCUUCAUAAAAGUUGUCAGGAGAACACUGUUUACGUGACACUUCUUAACUCAUUUUUAAUGUUUAUUUUUAAUUUCAAAAACCUGUUGCCUAUUUGGUUUUCAGUACUGCAUAACACUGACCUUCUUAAAUUAGUCAUAUUUGCAAUAAUUUACUUAAAUUUGGUAAUGUCACAUUUGGGUUGGGGUUUCAGUGGGAAUAGUAACUUGCCACUAGUGAGAAAUGGCAUUGAAUACUAAAGACUCAAUAUGAACAGGCUUUAUAGACCCUUAGAGAAACUGUUGCCUUAAUGUUUGGUGCAAUUUCUAGUAGUGCAUAAGUGAAUUUAGUCUUAUGAUAAGUAACUUGAGCUGUUUUUAGCUUAGUAAGAAUUGUGGAAACCACAUGUUUAUUGUGCCCAUCAUUUUACACAAAGAGGAUUAUAUUAUUUCUUCUAAGGAAGUAGGAGUUUUCUUCCUAAAAGUGCUUACAUAUUGUAGUACUAUUACUUAAAAGUUAUUUAUGAAGUUGGAAGCCUUCUAGUUUGCCUAACUGUGUUGAUGUAUUUUGAAAACAAAAUUGCAGUAAAGGAUGAGCUUCCAUCAGUGUGUAUGGUAUACCAGAUACAGAUGGUUGCAAGGAAACCUUUUCCCCCACUAGAAUAGUCUAUUGGUAACUGCUAAGUCCUAGCUUGCAUUUUUGAAAAUGCCUUUCUGCAUGUUAGCACCCAGACUUUCCUUUGUCAUAUUCCUUUAUAGCUACAACUUAACUGUAGCUUAUCAGAGAAGCUCUGUAGUCCUACACUGAAGUGUGUUCCCUUGGCUGUUCAUAUGGGGCUAGGUUUGGUUGAACUUCUAUUCUGUAUAAAUGUUAGAACACAGGUACUACAGAUUGAUUCACAAACUGCAUGUGCUGGUGCUUGAGGCAGCCAAAAUGGAAUGCUGUGGAAAGCAUAUCUAUAUCUUAAAAAACACUCAGACAGGAGUUAAGGACAGCUUUAAUAAUUUUUUUGUUUACCACUUAAUCUUUAUCAACUUUGAUUUUAGUUAGGGCUUAGCUCAUGGUUGAAGAAAAGUGGAAAAUAACAAGUGCCCAUUUAGGUUUGAAGAAUCCAGAAUGUUUUACCUUUGACUUUAUGAGUUAUAGAAGCUUGGCUUUGCUCUAGGCUUCAUGUUCCCAAAUGAGCCAUAUGUCAGUAUAUUCACUUAAUUCUUACUAAUUUCAGUUUCCUGUAAAGGAAACAACUUACACAUUGAUGCUUAAAUCCAGAAAGUAUAAAAGGUUUUCUUAAACUGUUAAAAUAUAGUGUCUGAUAUAAAGGAUGUAAGUUACUCAGCUUUCUGCUCCCUAAGCCAAACAGUGUUUGUCUUCAGUGUGAAAUUUAACUGUAAAAACUACCUGUAAUGUCAAGAGAUUAUAGAUCAUAUUAUUAAUAAAAUGGACCUGGGUCUAAGAUUUUUUUUUCUUCAAAGGGAGUGUGAAGCUGUUUAUUCUUCUAUUUGCAUAUGAGUUUUUCUUUUAGCUUUAGUUUUCCACGUUCAUAUUUCCACUGAUUUGAAAACACAAAAUUUAUUUUUAUAAUUUUGUUGCUUGUAGCAUAAUCAAGUGCAACCUACUUGUGACUAAAUCUCUUUGGAUUUAUAGCUGAGGAUAUUGUUAGCUAGGUUUUGUCAAUCCCUAAUCAUUUUUUAAAAUCAAUGCUGUAUUCCCAGGAGGCGUUGAGACUCCUGUGAACCUGAAGCACUCCCUUUUGAACCUUGGAAGAUCCUCAAAGAGUGAGCACUCCUGUGCUCUUCUAAUCAUAAUUAAUUCCUUAACAAAUCAGAGUAAGGACCACUGACAUAUACAACACUCAAGCCAAAGAACCAUCACAGAAUUUAGUAACUUUAGUUUUGUGAACAUGAAAAGAUUUCUUUUUUGGUUUCCAAAGGAGAUUAUUUAUUUUUCCACAAGGAAAAACAUCUUGCAGAGACUCUGAAUUCCAAAUCUGAGUGAGAAAGAAAAGGAAAAAAAUCUGUUUCAUGGUGGAUUUCUAAGCAACAUAUAUAUGUGUUUUAAGACAACCUUUUGUUGGCAGUGUUUUUCCUGAACACCACAUGCACCCUAGGAAACAUGUUUUUCCUUUAAUCUUGUUCACAUAUCAGAAAAGGACGUGAAAUGCUCAUACUGGCAUACAAGUUUCUAUAAGUAGUUAUUUUUUUAGCUACUUAUACUAUAUCCCCAAAAGCUCACAGUGCCUUGUUGGGAUUUUUUUUUUUUUUCCAUGAAAUAGCCAUUAUUUUAAAUGAGUGAGAGAGGAUAAGUCUUUAGACAGGUCAUUCAGCAGUUCAAGACUAUUCCUCUUCAAGAACAUGUCAGGAAUUAAGCAGUUAUAUGUGGAAACACUGGUAAUUCUUUCCACAGUGUUGUUUUGGAUAAUCUGUUCUAGUAUAUUUAACUAAUUGUAUGGUGGACCUGUAUUCUGAUACACAUCUAAUCAGUCAAUGGGAUUUGUAUGUGCUUUUCCUUCCUACAUUUUCAUUCCUACUGCCCCAACCUAGUAGCCCUAAGUUGUGGCUUGGUGGAUGUGGCAUUGAGCCUCAAGACACUACAUUCUUUCUGGAUGUUUGCUCACAGGCUCCCUGAGGAGCAGAACCUGUGGAGCUGGGGAGUGCGGGUGGUUUCUAUUCCUAAUAUUGUGUGUCAGUCCUUUUUCAUGUGAUGGUGCCUUCAGAAUAACGAAUAUUUCUGUUCUGGACAAUGAUUAAAUCUUAUGACAAAUAUAUGUAGGUUAUAUUAAUUCUUGUCCAUUUUUGCUAAGCCUGUGAAAUACUUUGGCUCUGAUACAACUUGACUUGAAUAAUAUCUUAUCCUGAGUCUUCCUCCAAGGCAGUACAUAUUCCUGCCAGGACUGUAGUAAUCCUUUGGGAACUACAUGUGAGUAAGCACUUGUAUGUAAGCCAUUAUACUGCUGUAACUAAUGCAUACAAACAAUUCUUCUCUUUACAUUUAUACUCUAAAAGGGGAUAUGCAGUGGGAAGGAAAAUUCCUGAGAGAUUCCAGCAUAGCUUUGUCAAUUCCAACUGAGCCAUACUGUUUUCCACAAGGGCUCAACACAUAGUCAGUAUUCUGUGCUCUCAGUGUGUGUUCAGAUUCUCCUCUUACUGGUUUUCUUAGACUGUAUUGUUCUAUAAGCAAAUGCCCAUGUGUGAUUUUUAAGAUGUGCUGGGGAAAAAUAAAUCAAUACCACAACCA